CCGCAGGUCUCUGUCACAUGACGGAGUCGGUCAAAAAGCAUGGGCUCAGCAAGGAAAGAGUAAGCCGCCCGUCUCGGAAACUUUGCUUUGCAAAGAGGCAUCUGUUACGUUGUCGCAAAGACUUUUGGAUUAACAAAAAGAAGAAGAAAACAAACAUCAGGAAUGACUUUUUGAAUGUAGCGAAGCAGGAGGGCGCACAAAGCCGCGUUUCAGUUUGAUCACCAGCGACUUGGAAAUUCUGGGGAUUAAAGCAAAACGACAUUCCUCUCGGUUCUGGCAUUCCGCUCUUUUCCCCCUUUUAUUUAGUCGAACAUGCCUGUAGAUGCAAAAGGAGUUAACGGUUCCGAAGACUUGAUCACGGUGGAAAACUCAACCGUAAACGGGAGGAAUCGUGCAGAGCAGCAUCCCUCUAAAACCAAACUGCAAUUUGAGACCGCUGCUACAUAUGUCUCCGAUGCGCAGUACAACCGGAAUGUUCCCUUUGAAAAGUCUCCAGAGAGCAUUAGGCUCUACAAGCUGUACAAUCACUGGGGAAUGCGCACCAUCACAUAUACCUUUAUUAUUGUGGAUCUUGCACUUGCCUUGUUCGAGGAACCUGCAGUUUUCCUGUUGCCUAUAUGGGCGACCUCCCUUGCAGAGUUUGUUUGUCUUUUGGUCUUCACUGGACGUUUGGUUCAUUAUGCUAAGGUCAUACCACCGUGGAAGUUUUGGAAAGACGCCAAGAAUAUCUGUAUCAUGGUUAUUAUACUACUCACGCUUAUAGAUAUGAUUAUAUAUGGGUCACUGAAGAUGACUGGAUAUUAUGGAGUCAGAUGGUCCAGAAUGCUUCGACCUCUUUUCCUUGUCAAUAUUACUGAAGGCCGUCUGAUAAGGAGAUCCUUUAGGAGCAUUCGGAAUACUCUGACUCAGGUCCUCUAUGUAUUUUUGCUGUUCCUGUUUAGCAUCCUCAUGUUUUCACUCAUGGGUUUGAAGCUGUUUGGAAAAAGAAAUUUGGAGACGUCUGAUGGAAAGCCGUACUUCACUAACUAUUUGAACAUUCUUUUUGACAUGUAUGUGCUGGUCACCACUGCCAACAGUCCAGAUGUCAUGAUGCCUGCUUAUGACUUCAGUGUUUGGUUCUCUGUGUUCUUCAUCAUGUUCAUCGUUGUCAACACCUACAUAUUUAUGUCUGUAUUCCUGGCUGUUGUUUAUAACAACUACAAAAAUCAUUUAAAGGACGAAGUCAAGAAACUUGUUCGAGUAAAGCGCUACAAGAUGGUGAAGGCCUUUGAGAUCCUUAAAGUCCCCAUGGGAAAUGAGUACGUGAUCAUGCAGAGUGACUGGAACCAGCUGGUGAGGAUGGUGGAUCCUAGCAUUAGCUCUUCUCACAGAGAGCUGCUAUGGAGCGUUUCGGAUGAUUCGCGGAAUGGCUAUAUAGGAAAGUUUGCCUUUAUCCAGUUGUCGGAUCUCCUGAACAUUAAGGUCAUUACACUGAAGUCUCGAGUUCACCCACUGAAAAUGUGUCUGCCACGUCUGUACUCUUCAGCUGCAAGUCGGGUAAUUCGCCAUGCAGUCCAGCACAAGGCUUUUGUCUUAUUCUACGACUUCAUCAUUCUGGUAAAUGCAAUUUUCAUUGGACUGGAUGAAGAUAACUCCCUGCUGUCCAAUGUAGAGUGGGUGUUUUUGGGAUUUUAUUUGCUGGAGAUAGUAUUGAAGCUGUAUACAUAUGAGCCCAGGUCAUUUUUUGCAAGACACCAAUUCUGGAACUGGUUUGACACCACUGUUAUUAUCGCUGCUCUGUUAGCCACUAUCAUCAAUACGACCUUAAAAUCAACUGAAAUUUAUAACAGCCGGGAAGUUCUGGAUAUUGUCUUCAUUUUGAGGGUACUCAGGCUCAUUCGAAUUGUUGACAGUAUUAAAAGGUUUCGUGCCAUUAUAAACACCCUGAUUAACAUUGGACCAACAAUGAUUAAUUUUGGACAGCUAAUUUUGGUAGUGUACUACAUAUUUGCUGUCAUUGGAAUGGAGGUAUUUAAAAAUAAAAUCAAAUUUUACAACUCCAACUCUAGUGACCCCUUGAGUGAGUUUUGUGGAAAUGACAUCCUGAAAGACUCAGAGUUUGUAAAGAGCAAAUAUUGCAAGAACAAUUUUAAUGACAUUGUGUCUUCCUUCAUCCUUCUUCUGGAGCUGACCGUUGUCAACCAGUGGCAUGUCCUGGCUACUGGCUUUGCAAUGGUGACUCAUGUUGCUGCAAGAACAUUCUUUGUUGUUUUUCACAUUAUUGUGGUGAUCAUCAUCAUCAACAUUUUUAUAGCCUUUGUCCUCGAAGCAUUCUUUGUUGAAUACACGGUGGAAAAAUGUGAUCUGCAAACUUCCAUUGAGAAAAAAAUCCAGGAGCUUGAUUUAGGAGUUCAAGAAGAUCAUAUUGGUGAGAGUCUAGUGGAUGACAUGGAAACUCAUGACAACGAAGUGGACUCUUCAAGGUCCUCGAAAAGCAAGUCUCUCAUGUUCAAGAUUGCCUCGCAGAGAUAUAGAACUGUUGAUGCAUUAUUACAACGCAUGUUUGAGGCUGAUCUCAGUCCUGAUGAUAAUGGAUGCUCCACAGAUGAUGAAAAUGAACUGGACAGUUUGCCACCAGAUUUCACUUUUAACAACCCUGGCUUUAACACUGCAUGAGUCAAGAAGAGCGAACUGUGAAUUUGGGGGAAAUGUAUACAAGCUGUAUACGUGUGUCAGGAUUAUUUACUUCAAAGUGCCAGCUCAUUGGUAAAGGUAAAAGAGAAAAAAAGGUGUGUCUGUGUGUGCAUAUAUAUAUAUAUCAGUAAAAUAUAUUCAGAACGGAAAAAGGAAAUGCAAUAUAGGCCAAAUGUAUUUAAAUGUGUUUCUAUAUUAUUUCUUAUGUAAAGUGUGUACAAACCACUCCAAUUUUUAUAUAAAGUAUAAAAUGUAAAAAUAUACAAGUAUAUAAAUAUUCAACUCUGUAUAUAUUAAAUUAUUGUAGCAGGCAUCCGAAAUGAUGUAUACUUAUACCAGUGUGUAUUUUAUGCUUUGGUAAAACAGUAUUAUAAAAUAUUAUAAAACUCGCUCUCUGAA